CAUGCAAAGAUUUUUCUACUCAUGAACAUCCAACUAAAAUACCUUUCUAUACAAGAUAUGAAAAUGAUAUAAUUUAUUUAUGUUUUAACAAUGAUGAAUUUAAAUUAAGUACAUUUACAAGUUCUCGAUUUCAUUUAAUAGAAGAAUCAGAAAUUUCAUUUUUUGCAAAAACUAUAUGUGAACGUUGUAGAUAUCUGUCUUAUUGUGCUAAAAAUGAAUAUAUACUUAUCCAAAAUUUUGAUUGUCAAACUUUUUCUUGUCCUGUACGUGAAGAAGUUGACAAUAGGAUGGAUGAAAUUAUUAAUGAAUUAUAUGAUUUGAUCUAUAAAGAAUCAACAACCAAAACAUUAAAAGAUUAUUUAAAAAAAAAUAAUUAUAAUUUUCAAAAAGUUAUCGAUUAUUGUUUAAAUAAUCAAGAAAAUCCUAAAGCUUUAAUCGUGCUUGCAAAAUUUGAAAAAAUUAAGAUCAAAAGAUUUGAUUAUUAUAAUAAAGCUGCUUAUUUAAAUAAUGUUGAAGGAAUAUUUCUAACAGGAUAUUGUUAUAGAUUUGGGGUAGAAGUUGAUAAAGAUAUUCGUCAAGCAGUAAUUUAUUUUACAUUAUCUGCUAGUUUAGAACAUUCAAAAGCCACUUAUUUAACUGCUUUAUCUUAUUAUUAUGGUGAAG